AUGGUGUUUUUAGGAUACAUGGUGUUCAGCAUUCUUCUCGGUCUCUUAGCAGACAGAUAUGGACGACUGAAGAUACUGCUGAUCUCGUUCUUAUGGGGAGCAUUCUUCUCGCUGCUCACAUCUUUCUCUCCAUCAUACUUCUGGUUUGUUUUCCUGCGGUGUUUGGUGGGCUGUGGCGUUGCAGGGCACUCUCAGGGGCUCAUUAUUAAGACCGAGUUUCUACCCAAGAAGAUUAGAGGGUACAUGCUUCCUUUAUCACAGAUCUUUUGGCUGGCAGGGUCACUGUUGAUCAUUGGAAUGGCAUCAGAGGUUAAUUCUACUCUAGGCUGGCGUUGGCUUGUUCGAUUUGCUUCCAUUCCUGGCAUUAUCCUCAUAAUUGUAUUUAGAUUUAUUCCUGAGUCUGCUAGAUUUAAUGUGUCUGUGGGAAAGUCCCAGGCUGCGACGGAUACUUUACAAUGGAUAGCCAAUAUGAAUCGUUCAAAAAUGCCAGAAGGGACACUAAAGGAACCAAUGUCGGAAAAUACAGGAAGAAUUUUAGAUCUUUUUGAUCGGAAAUAUUUGCGAACAUCUCUUCAACUCUGGGUUAUUUGGGUUGGAAUAUCCUUUGCAUAUUACGGAGUCAUUCUUGCCAGCUCUGAGUUAUUGGAAAGGAAUCUACUCUGCGGUUCAGGGAAUUUGAUUCCUGGUACAGAAGACGAGAUGCCAGAGGAGAGUCGCACUCCUUGCUUUUGUCACAUGCUGAGUCCUUCUGACUAUCGAACCAUGAUUAUCAGCACCACGGGGGAGAUUGCAUUAAAUCCUUUCAACAUAAUCUUCAUUAAUUUACUGGGACGUCGAUGGACACUUGGUAUUACCAUGACUACGACUGGAAUCUUCUUCCUUCUGCUUAACAUCUGCAUGUCAAAUGCUGGUCUGAUUGCAGUUCUUUUCUGCCUUCGAGCCCUGGUGUCGGCAAACUUCAAUACUGUGUAUAUUUACACUGCUGAGGUUUACCCAACAGUGAUGCGGGCAAUAGGAAUGGGAACAAGCGGCUCUAUUUGUCGGAUAGGGGCUAUGGCAGCUCCAUUUAUAGCACAAGUGUUACUAGAUACUUCAGUCAUUGGCGCUCUCUGCUUGUUCGCCAUAAUAUGUUUCAUUUGUGCACUUUCGGCCUUCACCUUACCUAUUGAAACCAAAGGCAGAGCACUUCAGGUAAGUCUCGGUGAACCUAGUUGCAUGGUGACAUUUCCAUUAUCAGGUUGUGGAGUAGGGUCAGAUAUCUCCACCCCUAGUGAGUUACAAAAGCCAGGCAGGUCUUCCAUGGUGGCAAAAAGUGAUGACCUUCUUAGCAACUAUGAUGCUCACUGGGAAUCCCCACCUGUAAGCAAUAUUCUUUGCACGUAG